AUGACUGACCAAGACGUAGUCAAGUCUCUAUGCGAACUCACAGCAUCAGUCCAGGACCUCUGCAAUACCAUCAACUCAGAAUACAAGUUUCAGCCCAAUAAAUCUCGAGUAGAGCUCAAGGCUAGGGAUGUGAUUUUGAAUACAAUUCUCGAGCAAAGAAGCAAAGGUCAACCGGAGAAAAUCAUGGACUGGGAGGAAGUAAAGCCGACACCCAUAUGCGAAAUUGAGAUGAAGAAUAAGCAAUACGCAAAGAAGUACGAGGAUUUCUGGAAAGACAUUGAUGAAUCAACCCAGUUGGAAAAGGAAACUACUAUUCAAGCCUAUACGUCAGCUUUCAGCCGUUUUGAAGAGAUAUACCGUCUUAUCGGAUGGUGUGACGCUGAUGAUGAGGAUCCAAUGUUUGAUAAGCCUGUCCUCACAGAAUCCCGCGAUCUUCUGAUCGAGUCAAUCUUUGGAAUUGAGGCAUAUCAAAUGUCUCGAUUCGGCGAAUUUUCCGAAAAAUCCCGCAUGCUGUUCGAACUUUCUCGUCUUCCUCGACUACUGAUAAUUCUCGUUAGAAUUGCUUGUAGACAGAUAUAUGUUGUCGGUGCUUGUGGGCCAAAGAAACCCAUCAAAAAAAGGAUGUUUGAUGCUUUCACGGUGGUCCGUGUGCUAGCAAUCGUUGCACGCAAGUUGAAGGGCUUUAACAUGACUUCGCUUUCAAUGGAAAAGUUACUUCAUCAGUGCUACACACGCCAAGUUCUCAAGCAGCCUGGUGAUAGCGAUGUCGACACUUACCACAAACAAUUUGAUCUAAUAUAUGAUUGUAUGACAGCUCUAGAUUUUACGAGAAAGUUUCGAGAAAUCAGAGAACCAUUAUGCUCACUGUUUUACAUGCGGUACAAAUCUGAUUCGAUUCAUAUGCUCUUUGAGCAUGUGAGAAUCCAUGAAGACGCUACUAUUGGAAUUGACCCUUAUCCAGAACUACCUUUAGAACAGAAUAUGGAUUCAAUGUUUCAUCCCGAUAUUUUUGCCAUUCCAUACCUACGGGAGUUUGGGCAGCUGAAUAUAGAGUGGACCGAUUGUUUAGAUGAACAUCUAAAGAUUUAUGCAAAUCGGAACGCUAUCAGGGUUUUUGCUCAUCCGACUUUUUUCUAUAAUGGCAUUGAUUUACAUCAAGACAAGCGCGACUUUAUGGAAUCAACAUACCUUGAGCUGUCUCUGACUUACGCUCUCUUAUUUCGACCAAUAUCAUCUGUCAAUCUCCGACGACUAGGACAGUAUGUCACCGCUGGAGAGAACCAGCAAAUACCUUGGAAUAAUUGCGUCACCUUUAAUGGCCAUCCAAUCCAUCGGUUUACACUCCCUGAGGACAAGGAGGUUAAUAAUAACUUGAAACUACUGUCCAUCAACCCCUUACAAAGUCCAACCAAAGAGAUACUCUCGGAGAGCUUUUACCGUUGCUCCCUUCCACCGAGCACACAAGUGGCGUUCGAUAUUGCAAAUCCAUUCAGAGCAGUCAAGGGAUUCACUAAGCGAUGGGACCAACAUAAAGUUACGCCAACGUCAAUGAAACACAUUCUAGACCUUGCACCGAAUUAUCCGGAAGAUCUCAAAUUCAUGAUUAUUUCUGUCAUGGAAAAAAAUUUCGCAGAUAUGGAGUCCUUUGUACAAUUCCCCUAUUUUGCACCUCGGCUCCGCCGGCUAAAAACGUAUCUGGACUCGCGCCAGCCACGUACAAUCCGUCAGCUUUGGUAUGAUCGCAGGGAUUAUCGGUCAUGGUGUAUUUUUUGGGGGGCUGGUUUCUUGGGUGGUUUCGUUUUGCUAUGCAUGCUCGUUAUCCUGUUUGUACAGCUAGUCUCUUUGGUUUGA